UGGCAUUUUGAUUUUGAUAACUUCUCUUCUCUCUUGUUUUUUUUUAAUUUAUUUUCUGUGCAACUUGCAACAGCUGAUUUGACUGUUCAAUCGAUAUAGUGACCGAUAUCUGAUUGUGACUGUGACUCGGCGAGAUGCAUGUAGACGAGCUGCGCAUUAGCCUGCAGAGCUUCGGCUGGCCGGACUAUGUGGUCUUCUGCCUAAUGCUGGCCAUCUGCGCCGUCAUCGGCAUUCAUUUCUGUCUACAGCUGCGCCGCGAGUCCAGGCAGCUGAAGGCCACCGGCGCUGAGGAGGCGGCCAACAGUGCCGCCUCCUACUUGGUGGGCGGCAGAAAAAUGAAAAUCUUUCCCAUCACCAUGUCGCUGAUCUCUAGCUUUAUUUCGGGCAUCACGCUGCUGGGCACACCCACCGAGGUUUACCUGUACGGUGCCCAGUAUCUGUACAUCAUGGGCUCCCUGGUGCUAAUGGGCCUGUGCAUGUUCUACAUAUUCUUGCCAGUGUUCCAUGAGCUCAACCUGAUAUCCACCUACAAGUAUCUGGAGCAGCGCUACAAUCGCAGCCUGCGGCUCUUUGGCUCGAUCAUGUUCAUCAUGGCUUCGCUCCUGUGGCUGCCCAUUGUGAUCUAUGUGCCGGCCAUAGCCUUCAACCAGGCGACGGGCGUCAACAUACACAUUGUGACGCCGUGUGUGUGCGUGGUGUGCAUCUUUUAUACGUGCAUUGGCGGACUGAAGGCGGUUGUCUGGACAGAUGUGGUCCAGACGCUGAUCAUGUUUGGGGCCAUGGCGCUGGUAUUGAUCAAGGGCACACUGGAUAUUGGAGGACCGGGCGUAGUCUGGCAGCGAGCGAAGCAAACCGCUCGCAUUGAGUCGCCCAACUUUACAUUCGAUCUCAGUGAACGUUACACCUUCUACUCCCUGGUGCUGGGCGGCGUGGCCCACUGGCUGAAGUCGAAUGCCAUCAGUCAGAAUAUGAUCCAGCGAUAUCUGUCGCUGCCCACGCUGAGACAUGCGCGUAUCGCAAUCUGGACUUUUAUAGUCGGUGUGCUAGCCUUUCUGGCUAUCUGCGGCUAUACGGGUCUGCUCAUCUAUGCGACCUACGCGGACUGCGAUCCACUAGAGACGAAACUGGCGCAGCGCAACGAUCAGCUGCUGCCGCUGCUGGUCAUGGAGACACUCGGCUCGUAUCCCGGCCUGCCCGGCGUCUUUGUGGCUGGAGUUUUUAGUGCGGCGCUCUCCUCGCUCUCCACCGGCCUCAAUUCACUGUCGGCCGUCGUACUGGAGGACUUCGUUAAGACCUUCCGCCAUGAGCCGUUGAGUGAGGCGCAGACUUCGUUUGUCAUGCGCAGCGUCGUUGUUCUCUUCGGCGUGAUCUUUGUCGCCUUGGUCUUCAUUGUGGAAAAGCUGGGCGCUGUGCUCCAGCUGACCAUCACACUGACUUCUGUGGCCAACGGACCUCUGCUGGGCAUCUUCACAUCGGGUGUUUUGUUGCCCUGGGUCAACUCGAAGGGCGCGCUGCUUGGCGGCAUUAGCUCGCUUGUUGUCAUGGCCUGGAUGUGCAUUAAGGCACAGCACGAUCUGGUCACGGGCGACUUGGUCUAUCAGCGCAAGCCCUACUCCACGCUGGGCUGCAACUACACAUUUUCGGGAGAGCGGCGCGCCUUUAGCAGCCUGCCGCUAGAUGGCGGCAUCAGCGCCGCCUCGGAUGCCCCCUUUCAGCUGUAUCGAAUCUCGUAUCUGUACUUCACGCUCUUCGGCGCCCUGCUGACCAUCAUAGUGGCGCUAGUGACGAGCCUGCUGCUGCGCGAAUCGGACCUAGAUGCGCUGGACACCCGCCUGCUGACGCCGUUCGUGCGCCGCUGGCUAGAGCGACGUCGCAGUCGGCGCACGCAGCUGCCAGCGCUGAAGAUGGUCAAGCUGGGCAAGCGCACGCUGGGGCAGGACACGGCAACGUGAGCAAUGGAUGUGCUGGUUAACGGGUGAGGCAGUGCCGUCGCCGCCGUGACUGCUG